GAGGGGGUGAUACAGAGAGAGAAAGAGAGAGAGAGAAGAGAGAGAGAGAAAGCAAAAGGGAGGGGAGUUUAAACUAAGUGCUAUGUUGUGGGACAGGCUAAUCUGCUAGCGAGCAGUGUGAGGAUCGGAGCGUAUUGUGUGAGCCAGUGUGCGGGGGACAGAUAAGGGAGCAAGCCAGCCCGCCAGCCCGACCCACCGACUGCCUGACUGCCUGUUUUAAAUGUGCUGACUCUGGGGAGAUUUUAAAAAAACAAAAAAAACAAAAAAACCAGCAUAUUGACUCCUUAGACGUGUGCGGAGACCCUGGGCACAAACGCCACCACUACAGCCACAGCCAGCAGAGGUGCAUCAACAAGACAAAAUAGAGCGCUGAAAAAUCACAACUCCAAAAUCUCAAAAUUAAAGAGGAUUUUUUUUUAUCCCCCUCUUUUUUCAAUUGUUUCAUUUUUUUUCUUUCUUUCUUUUUUGUGGUCCUGGGACUGUCUCCCAACCAUAGUCAAGAAAAAGGGGAGCAAAGAAGUGAAGAGAAUCUGAAAAUAAAAGGACAGAACGACAAAAAAAAAAAGCAUCGAAUCUGAACAUGUUCGAAAUAAGCCGAACACUCAACGCCGCUUUGUUGAGCAAUGAGGGGUCGACAGAGACACAGUGGCGUCAGGCAGAGCUCCCACAGCUCCAGGGCUGGGCAGAGAAGGGAUUGCUGACACAGCCAAAGAUGAUCAUCAGUAACAUGGAGGCCCCAGUGACAAAUGGCCCCAGCGGAGGAGGCACCACAGCCAACGGGCCGACCACCAACAGCCGCGGUUGCCCCUCGCCCAUGCAGACUGGCCCGACAAAUGACGACAGCAAGACCAACCUCAUUGUCAACUACUUGCCCCAGAACAUGACCCAGGAGGAGUUCCGCAGCCUGUUUGGCAGCAUCGGCGAGAUUGAGUCCUGCAAGCUGGUUCGUGACAAGAUCACAGGACAGAGUCUGGGCUAUGGCUUUGUCAACUACAUCGAUCCAAAGGACGCAGAGAAAGCCAUCAACACGUUAAAUGGACUCAGACUUCAGACCAAAACAAUCAAGGUGUCAUAUGCACGACCCAGUUCAGCCUCCAUCCGUGACGCCAACCUCUAUGUGAGCGGCCUGCCCAAGACUAUGACCCAGAAGGAGCUGGAGCAGCUCUUCUCCCAAUACGGACGCAUCAUCACCUCCCGCAUCCUCGUCGACCAGGUCACAGGCCCCGCAGGUGGCUCCCGAGGUGUGGGCUUCAUUCGCUUUGAUAAGAGGAUAGAGGCUGAGGAGGCCAUCAAGGGCCUGAAUGGACAGAAGCCAUCAGGUGCCGCUGAGCCCAUCACGGUCAAAUUCGCCAACAACCCCAGCCAGAAGACGAGCCAAGCCCUUCUGUCACAACUGUACCAGUCCCCCAAUCGCCGAUACCCAGGCCCCCUUCACCACCAGGCUCAGAGGUUCAGGCUGGACAAUUUGCUUAAUAUGGCCUAUGGCGUAAAGAGGUUCUCUCCCAUCACCAUUGACAGCAUGACCAGCCUGGUCGGCAUGAACAUCCCUGGGCACACGGGCACUGGUUGGUGCAUCUUCGUGUACAACCUGUCCCCGGAUUCGGAUGAAAGUGUGCUCUGGCAGCUGUUCGGGCCCUUCGGUGCAGUCAACAAUGUCAAGGUGAUCCGUGACUUCAACACCAACAAGUGCAAAGGCUUCGGCUUCGUCACCAUGACGAAUUACGACGAGGCAGCCAUGGCCAUCGCCAGUCUCAACGGCUACAGGUUGGGCGACCGCGUCUUGCAAGUCUCCUUCAAGACUAACAAGACACACAAGUCCUGAACUUUAACAGGUAGAAGCAGUUGCCCCACAACUUUGUCAGCUCCAAAAUUGCCCCCGACCCUCCCCCACCCCCCUCCCUCCACCUUCACCCGUCCCUUAGCCCCUUCAGUCACUACCACUACCACCCUCCUACAGCCAUCCAACGCAGCAAACUCCAACCGGAACACAAAGCAACCAACAAAACAUCAAACAAAUUGAACUAGAAAUGGCUUAUAUUAUAACUUUGGACCUAUAAGCCAAUGUUGCCUAAGUAUUACAAAAAUGAAAUGAUGAAAAUGUUCAUGAGUUUUUGGAAGCUCCUGUGGUAAUGCAGGCUUCUGUUUGUUGUAUAUUCUUUCUGUUUGUUGUGGUUGUUAAAAUGAUUUCUUCUCUUCUGUGUAAACAGUAGCAAAUCCCUGUAUCCCCUUAUUUCAGAGAAGAGAAUGUCCUUUUUAGAUUGAAACCUUUUCUCUGUCUUGAUUCAGGAUUUGUUUUUAUUUUGUAAAUCCGGAUCCACUGUCGUUAGUAUUAUAUACCUCCCUGUCGGUGAAAGGGAGGGGGCUCUUUUUUAAAUUGGUGAACCAUUCAUUCAUUUUUAGUGUGUAUUAAAAACUUCCCCUUAUCGAUUAUAUGUGGGAUUCCACUAUCCCAGUAACUCUGAUGUAGAAAAAAAAAGAAUUUCUAGCAUUGUUUUUGUUUUGUAUCGCAAACAAAACAUAAUGUCUUUCCUCACAGGGGUUCAGGGAGAUGGGGCGAGGGAGGGGAUGGGUUAGCUUUCCUGAUGACACGUUCAGUAAUUUAAGAAAAAAAAAAAAUAACACUGUUGCCAAAGAGAAGAUCUCUUUGCUUGAAAAAAUGCGUUUAGAAAAAGAUAAAAAUAAAGAGAAAGAAGAUCUAUUUUUAUAAAUGAUAAUUAAAAUAAUAAUUAUUGAAGAAUUUUUACAAGAAUCUGGAUUUGAAAAAAGAGAAAAAUAUUUUGACUGGCUAACUGGGGGGGGGACGGGGCGGGAGGGAGGGGGCACCACCUUGUCUUGUCGUUCUGCCGUGGUACUUUAUAGGAUCAAAGGUUGUUUGUUUUUUGGGGAAUCCAAGUUGGCAGUGAUUUUGUAGAUGGAAGGUUUUGUGAAAAAGGGAUGCAAACUGAGGCAGGUGAUUUUGGUAAUUUUUCACAUAUGUACUAGUGCAUAAUUAUUCAACAGCGAUACCCAAAAGGGAAGGGAGAGGGGUCUUUCCAAGGCCUAACCAUCCUUAUAGUCCAGAGCCCAAAGCAAGAAGACCCUUUGUCCACUCGUUUUCCUGUUUUUGUCAUCAGUCAAUACGGGAUAUCAGUAAAUAGAUAUAUACACAUCUAUCCAUUUAGAGAGCAUACUAUACAUUAUCUAUAUCAUUUUCUUCGCUCUGCGUUUGUGAACUUAACAUUUGAAAAGAACUUCCUUUUAGCGAUCAACAGUAGGUGCUAUACUACAUUAUUCACAUAUCUUAAAUAUCCAAGUUUGUUGUUCUAUGUGUUGUUUAAACAAAAAAAAAUACUUCGAUGUUGGCAUUGACUUGAGCUGCUGUUCCUUGUUUAAUAUUUGUUUAUUGUCGGCCCAGAAAUCUGGUGAGACUAUUUCUUUGCUGAAUAACCAGAUAAACGAAUUUGGGCCUUGUAAGAAUCACUGAACAAAUUUUUAUUUUGUACUUUUCUGUUUGGCUUGCUGACUUUUAGGUUACUUGCUGAGCGUGAAACGUUUGUCAAAACUAAAUGAUGAUUAGCUAGUUCCGUUAGUCUAGAUAUUUGUUUCCUUAAAAAGGAUCUAUGACAACUGUGUCUUUAUUUGCUGUGUACAAAUAGAUGAUAUAUAUAUACAUAUAUAGUCUACAUUUGUUUUACAAUAUCUACUGUACUAUAUGAGUUGUCACUGUUCUUUUGUUUGAGCUUGUCUUUUUCAUAUGACAACUUAUUAUGAAGUGGUGGUUCAGUUACUUAGAAAAACUUGUGAGGAAACUGUUCAAUUGUUGUCAUGUUGCUUGUGGAGAAAAAAAAAAGAUUUGGAUUAACUUUCAGUUAGCUACCGCGGCAAAAGAAACCGAACAAAAGCUUAGAAUAUAACUGUAUUUGUUUAGCAGUUUAUUUACUUAUCGAUUUUUUUAAACUAUUUAUUUUUCUAUUUAUUUGUAUUUAUUAUCUAUUUAUUGAUUAAUUAAUUAAUUUAUCUGUGUAUUUAUGUAUUUAUUUGUUUCAUUGUCUGUGUAUUUGCGUGAUUCUGGUACAGGGAGGGGGCGUUUCUGAGCAAAAGGGAACAAAGCGACUAGUGGAGAGGCUCUGCCAGUAGUCCACUGCACUGAGAGAACUUUUAGUACGUUUGUGCUUUGUACCAAUAUAUCAAAAUUACAAUAUAAAAAAUCUAAAAGUCAAGAAAACUGAAAAAAAUGUCUGGAGGGUUGGGGGACGCUCUUCCCUUAUUACUAGAAACAGUUACUCGCUAUGCAUAAUCUAGUUAAUAGUUAAAUUUGCUAUUGCUUUUUUCUUGUCUUGUUAAAAUGAAAUCUUUAGAUCUUUUUCAAUAAAGUUUAGUCUUAAUAGAAUGUUAUAAACAGUCGUUCUGGUUCAAUAUAACCUGUGAUAAGUUUGUGUAGUUCUAAAAAGCCACUCCGUCCACACCCUCCCUCCACUUACUACCGCUUUGUGAUGAAACCUUAUGCAAAAAUGUGGGUCUGAAAGCAUAGUUUUCAGUUUUCAGUGAAACAUUUUAUAUAAACAUUCAGCUCUUGGAGGCUUGGGCAGAUACAAUUUAAAAAGGAGCAAAUGCCCAUUGUUGUUUGAGGGUCAUUCAUUGCACUGGACUAAAUCGGUCAAAAUCACUGAAGAGUCAAAACUUAUUUUUAAAAAUAUUCAUCAUGUUUUCAAAUGACAUACCAACAAAUCUUUAAAAAGUGAGAAAUUGUUACCAUUGCACACCAACUGUUAUUUACAGCAGUUGUUGCUAUACUUAAGAAGUACUCUGGAGGUAUGAAAAGGGAUUGUACCGAUUCUAUAUUUUAUAUACUCUAAUAUGAUAUAUAUUAUAUAUUUUGAAAGGUGAAAGGUAAGGGAAUGGUUCCAGAAGUAUAAAUAUACUGAAUUGGAUUUUUUUUCUGUUUGUUGUUAAGACUUGAAAACAUGAAGGAGGUGUGUGGAGAGCAUUUUAAACACUCAGACGCAUGCUCGCAUAAGUACAUCCUUCUCUCUCACACCUCAGUCAUCCGACAGGCCGGGUCAUCUAAUAUCAUCAUUACUAUCCAGUCAUCAACUGCGCCAUCCAAUCACAUAGUUUUCUAAUGUCACAACAGCAACGAACCAACCAACCCAUCCACCCACCGACCAACCAGACCCCUUCAUGCUCCCUGCUGCCCGGCGGGAGCUUGAAUUAUGCAACGACCCCAGUAGAAUGUUGUUCUGAUGUGUGAACUAAUUUCCUACACUGUAUGACUUUUGAACUCUUACGAUGCGUGCCUGUGUUCCGCCUAGACCCUGUGUGCACACGUGUGUGUGCGCGCAUGUGUGCAUGUUUGUAUGCAUGUUCCAUUAAGUAAUUUUGUGUGUGUGUGUAUGUUGUGCGUUUGUCCUCAUCUGUUUGUUAGCGUGGAGUACAUCCAAAUGUGUAUGUGUACAGUAUAUACAUGUGUUAAUCGUUUGUGCUUAUGCGUGUGUGACUGCACAUUUGGGUCUGUUUAGUUCACAUAUAUACAAACAUGCGUGCGUGUGUGUGUGUGUCUCCCUGAGUGCAUGUGCGCACGUGCGUGCGUGUGUGUGUGUGUGACACAGAUAGUAACUUGUGGUUUGUUCAGAAUGUGUGUGUGUGUGUGUGUGUGCAUGUCAGGGUGUUUGAAACAUGGGGCUGCGUCACCUCGCUCUAUGCCCAACCCCCUAUGGCUCACACCAUCCCCUGUAGCGCCUUAUAGUGGCAGCCUGCCAGUAGGAACAACGCAGCCAGUAGUGGAGGAGGGAAGGUGAACAGAGGAACUCGGCUCUUCUUGUCAGUUUUCAUUUUCCUCCUGAGACGUGUUUGUUUACUAUCUGAAAAAUCUAUAAACGAAAUCUUUAAAGACAAAAAAGACGAAAAAAUGUUCACAGGGCCCCAUGGCCGCGGCUCUCUCUACUCUCUCUCCUGCUUAUGUUAUUACUUAACAAUUAUCAAUGAUGAUUAUUAUGAUUAUUAUUGCUAUUAUUCUUAGUAUUCUUAUUCUUAUUAUUAAUCCAAUUACUGCGAUGAAUGACUUCAUGUUAUCCUUGCUAGUUUAGGUCAUUUCUGAAACUGGAAACAAAAUAAAAAUCUUGCUGUAAAUGUUUGUUUUUUCUUUUUCAUAAAACUGUUGUGUUUGAAUUAUUUGUACUUUUGAAUGUUGGGACAAUAAAAUGAGGUG